AUGAGUAGUCGGUUAACAGGGGGUAACCAAACGAAUACUAUUCACUGCUUUUGCGGUGCUGAGAAACCAAGUCUCUCUAACACCCCUAAGUUUCUAUUGGAGAAGAGGGGGCUGUCGUCCAGAUUAGAGGCGGCACUUCAUGCAGGCUUUGAAGUGGCGUUUACUGAUAGUGCGGAUACUGGCUGUGAUGGCACCAAAAUGGUCACAAGUAACUCCUCGGCCUCUUUCUCAAGGAAAUCAAAAGACAGAUCAGUGUUUGGACAGCCGGAGAUAAAUUACCAAAAUCAAAGUUUUCAUCGCAAUAAAGGCCAGAGUCUCGACUCAUUGGACACUCUGGACAGUGGACAGUCUAUGGGAAGUAGCUGUACAUCCGUCUCGGAAAUACAGCUAAGAAAUCUCGAAAUACAUGACCGAGAGUUCAUAAUACUACGGCUUCUGCUACCGAAGUUUGCUACACUAAGCGCGGUUAGCCUGUUCAGAAGGGUGUCGAGUGUCAGCGGCGACAGUCAGGGCGAAGAGCUCUACAGAUUUUCUAAGCUUUUUAUGAAAGAUUUUGUCACAAAAGUUUUCAACGAAAGCAAUGCCAUCACUUUAGAAGAAAAGGCAAAGUUUGGUGAAAUGUGUCGAACAGAGUUCGGGAGGUUAUGGUUCGCCAGAUAUAUCAAUGAACAGCGGGUUCACAACAAGAAAGUAAAAGAGACAACAUUUUACAGUUUAGCCCAAUAUUUCGCAAUCGUUUUAUUCGAGUGCUCGGAAUCCGAUGACUUCACGCCCGCCAAGACCCUCAUGAAUAUGUGUUUCACGUAUUAUCACGAAAACUACUCGCAGUCAUCGCACGCCUCCCGACCCCACAAGCAAUACUUGUAUUACGUACUGCGAGAACAACCCAUUUGGAGGUCUCUUCGCUUCUGGAACGCAGCCUUCUUUGACGCCCUGCAGUCCGAGAGGGCCCACAGACCCCCUCCCACUCAACGCCAACUCAACACAUUCAACACUCAAGACAUCACCGACGAGAACAAGUUUCAGCAAAACAUCACUUUCGGACAAUUGGGGUACGAAUUGGUUGAUAAAAAGUGUCUUAAUUAUGACUAA